GAAUCAAAAUUCCAAGUCUGAACCUGAAUAUGAGUCUGGCUUUAGUUAACGACAUAAAUGGUAGAUUCAACCUGACUAAAAACCCGAGAAACCUCGUCGCUAGCCGAAUCCGAAUUCUGUAACAUGGACAUAGAAAUCUCAUCCGAGUCAGCCAGUUGAUCUAAACCAGUAAGCAAGACCGUUUCAUUCAUGGCGGUAUAGCUCUCCGUCUCUCUCUGCACCAGUAAGCAACAUUGUUUCAUUCUUGGCGGUCAAGACUUUUUCAUUCAUGGCGCGCGGUAUAACUUGCUGUUGUUGACAUACCUUAGCGUUGAAGAGAAAGAAGUUGCAGGCGCUAUGAGAGAACACGUGGCAACGUUCCUCUUGCUGUUGGUGGCCGCUUUCUCCGUGGCCAUCUUCAUCUCUUACAAGGGCAGUGGCACAACCUCCCCUGUUCUCACCUUCCUCAUCGCCCCUGCUACCACGUCUGCUCCUGCAACUCCCGGAGCCGACCUCAAUAUCGUCUCAAAUGCUCCAAAAACCGAAAGGAAGAAAGGAGAUGGAAAGAGAAAGUUGGAGAAGAUGGAGGACGGUCUUGCCAGGUCGAGGGCGGCCAUUAGAAGGGCUAUCAUGGAGAGGAACUUCACCUCUCGGAAGCGCCAGAGUUUCGUGCCAAGAGGCCCCAUCUACCACAACCCUUACGCCUUCCAUCAGAGCUACAUAGAGAUGGAGAAGAGGUUGAAGAUAUGGGUGUACAAGGAAGGCGAGCCACCCCUUUUCCAUGAUGGUAUAUUCCGUGGGCUGUAUUCAGUAGAUGGCCAUUUCAUCGAUCAGAUGGACCAUUACAGUCCUUUCGUUACCAACGACCCAGACAAUGCCUUGAUCUUCUUCCUCCCCUUCAGUGUUGAAAGAUUGGUCAAGUUAGUCCACCAAAAGGGGACUUAUUAUCAAUCUAUCCAGACAGUAAUGAGGGACUAUGUCCAGUUAAUAUCCAGCAAGUAUCCUUAUUGGAACAGGACUAAUGGUGCAGAUCAUUUCUUGCUCUCCUGCCAUGACUGGGCACCAUAUGUGACAAAAGACCAAGAUCCCUUCAAGAAUUUGGUUAGAGUAAUGUGCAAUGCCAACACCACCGAGGGCUUCAACCCAAGGAGGGAUGUCAGUCUCCCAGAAUUCAAUAUCCCGUUUUACCUCCCUGUUCCUGUUCGUAAUCCAUCGCCACCUUCUUCGAAAACAUUGCUGGCCUUCUUUGCUGGAGCAAACCAUGGCUCCGUAAGGAAGUUCCUCUUUGAGCAGUGGAACAGGAAGGACCAACAGAUUCAACUCUUUGAACACCUACCAAAAGGCCUAAACUAUACAGAGUUUAUGAUGAAGUCCAAGUACUGCCUCUGCCCAAGUGGGUAUGAAGUUGCUAGUCCCAGAAUCACUGAAGCCAUAAUUUCAGGCUGUGUUCCUGUCCCGAUCUCUGACGGUUAUGUGCUACCUUUCAGUGACGUUCUCGACUGGACUCAGUUUUCAGUUCCAAUUCCAGUUCCCAGGAUACCUGAAAUUAAGGAGAUUCUCAGUGCCAUUCCUGAGAGCACAUACUUGAAGCUGCAGGCAAAUGUCAUGAAAGUUCAGAGGCACUUUAUGAUCAAUCGCCCUGCAAGGAGGUUUGAUGUCAUGCAUAUGUUGCUUCAUUCCAUAUGGCUCAGGAGACUUGAUGUGAGGUUGACUCAGUAGCGGAGCUACAGUGUGGCUGGUGUGGGCCAGUGUCCAUGUCAGGCCUUCAAAAAGCUCAUUGCAGUGAAGCCAUACCUGGUUUCAGUCACAUGCGAUGCCCGCAUCAGUCCGGGGGUUAGCAACUCAAACUCCUCAGCCAAAAAAUCCUGGCUCUGCUGUUGGGUUGGAUGAUAUGUAGCCAUCCAUUUCUUGCUUGAAUGUGAUCUCUUUUGCUUCUCAAAUUGUUUUUUAUUUUAUUUUUAUACUUCAGUGUAUUCCUCAUUAACUCAGUUUCUGGGUCCAUUACUACUGGGCUUACACAUUUGAUGAUGGAUGUUUUGGUUCAGAGGCCAUUUGCUUGGUCACUGCUGUACAAAUUGCCAUACCUGAGAUGUAAAAUCAUUUGAUAA